CUUUUCUUUGAAAUCAGCAACGGACCUUAUUUCUUAAUGGGUAUGACUGAGAAAAUCCUCGGGCAGCUGUUUGUUUGGUUGGUGUUCUGCAUGGAUGACCUAUUUGUUGAGAUGGGUGCGUUUUCAUUUACCAUUUAAACGCGCAACUGCUGACCGUUUAGGUCCUCUUUUUUGUUUCAACACUGGUCAACCUCUUUGUUUUCUUGGCUAUGGGACUUCAUUCGCAUUGACCCAUCAUCUUAUCGUUUGGAUGGAUGGCGGCGGUGUAUCCCGGACGUUCGGUUUUAAGCAUAUGCAAUUUGGGGCGAUGACCUUGUCAUCGCCGAUGAGAAAGUAGCAUUACAGUAUCAGGCCAUCAUGGCUGAGCUUCCUUCAGGUUGUCAUAUCAAAAGAGAAAUCUCUCAUAUCACGAUCUUUUUGCAAGGAGUUUGCCAAAGGCUUUCUCAUUCGUCAGGGAAACUCCGUAUAUUUCCCUUCUCCAUUCUCUGCUCGGAUGAUUGCCGCUUGUGUGAAUUUGAUUGCUGUGUGUCCCGUGUGUGCUCGAAUAAGAUUGUUUUAGGAUUCUAUUUAGUUGAAUUUAUUGACUCUGCGGUGCUGGUUAUCGAGUUUAUGGCGCCGCCCACCAUCAAAAAAAAAAGUCAAAGAUGGCGUCGGCAUUUACUAAUUAUGCUCUCUCCUCAUAGUGGUCCCCCCUUCCCUUGGUAUUCAGGUUGUAAAAUCCUGAUAGGAUAGGAUACUGUUAUACCUUGUUUUUUGUAAUGGCCUAUCUUCUUUAAAAAGCCGAAAGAUAAGGAUUUCCAAAUUUAGCCUUCCUUUUUCUUUUUUAGGAUGCUGGUCUCAUGUUUGAUCUGGUAGCGAUUAAAGAAUGAAUCUUGCUCUGGCGAUCAUGGUGGGAUUGGUACACCUCUAUAUGCUGUAAAAUGAAGGUACUCUUGAGGUCAUGCUACGACCGCCGAUCGUUCCUGUGACCACAGGCCGUACCAACAUCAAACUAUCAACCUAUCGGUAUGAUUUGUUGUUCACGUGUUACGAUCUCGCUCGUCAGAUUGUUCCCCCCUCCCCUGGUCAAUGGCAGUGAGUUGAUUGACCAAGGCUUUCCCUUACGACGAUGGAAUUUCUUCCAUCGGCAAGAGUACCUCUGUUUGUCUCCUUCUACUUUAAUGAAAAGCCUAGUCUCUCGAUACUUGAUAAUUAUCAAGUAUCGAGAGGUGCUUACUUUUGUAGUUAACGAUGAAUACCCCAUCCCAUUCCUUUUUUUUUUAAUAAAAAAACCUUACAAUUUUGGGGCCGCUGUUACCAUUUCCGCAACCUAAACCUAACUAAUACUUAGUUGUUUCCAUUUCCUCAUCUGGUGAUAGAUCCUCAUCUUCUUCUGGCUCAAAUCCCUUUUUCAUAUCCAGGGCACGCUUUAGGUACGCUUUAGUUUGAGAUCAUUAAAAAUAUGCUCGACCUCGUUUAUGUCCAUGGUACCAUCGCACGUACCUUCAACUAUCAACCAGAUGAGAUAGGACUUUGAAAGGUCAGAGUCAGUCUCCUCUUUUAGGUCGUUUAGCAGUUCCCCAACCAGCUUUCUCCCCGAGAAAGCCUUCCUGAGAUUAAAAGAAAAAGCGGAUCUCUGGGAUCAGUGAGAGUUCGGAACCAGCAAAGGGAGACUGAAAAGCCGUAGUGCUAACGCACGCCCUUCCGUUUUUCAGCAGGCUUCGACAGCUGCGAGCUCCGCGUCGAAAAGCGAAGCGAGCCGCGCUAGCGCGCUACUCUUCCUUUAUGAGCGAGACUCUAUCUAGAUCUACUGAUCUAAAGAACUCCGCGAGCGAACUGAGCGAGCCAUGAGCCGCCUAUCGGCAAGGCUUGGAAAAGCCUUAACUUUAGGCUCCCUUACUUCACUGAACUGAUUCACGCGGGUCCAAACCAGCUGAGCUAGCUCAUUUUUCCUUUACGAGAUCUCGGCUCUUCGGAAUGGUUGGAGAGAGCCCCGCCUCCUCUUGGUUGGCGCCGGGCCCGAGGGUGAUGGGACUACUUCCUGAAAGAGCCUUUCGUUCAGGCCGGCUGGAGGGCCCCUGAUCUAUCAAUAGAGGGAGCAAAAAACAGGCUUUGCUCCCCUUUUUUAAAAUGAAGAAAGAAAGAAGGGUCGAAGUUUAGACCGCGAACACUAGUUCUACCCAUAGAAAAGAUCAUGAAAGAGGCGAUCAGAAUGGUACCCGAAUCCAUUUACGAUCCCGAGUUUCCAGACACAUCGCACUUCCGCUCGGGUCGAGGCUGCCACUCGGCCCUAAGACGGAUCAAAGAAGAGUGGGGAACCUCUCGCUGGUUUUUGGAAUUCGACAUCAGGAAGUGUUUUCACACCAUCGACCGACAUCGAUUCAUCUCAAUCUUGAAGGAAGAGAUCGACGAUCCCAAGUUCUUUUACCCCACUCAGAAACGGUUUUCCGCCGGACGACUCGUAGGAGGUGAGAAGGGCCCUUACUCCGUCCCACACAGUGUACUACUAUCGGCCCUACCA